UCCCCCAACCUUACCCGUCCUGCCACCCCCUUGAGAAUCACAACCAGAAUCAGGAAAAGCAACCAAAAUUUGCAGAAUCUCUCUCGAGUUAUCCAGCCUUUUUGCGAACAACCAAACCCUAAUUCACUCGUAUUCGUACAACCAAACUUCUCGCUCUCUUUGGUCUCUAAUGAAAAUGGGUGAUCUCAGGAAACGUGGCCGGAAACCCAAAACGCCACCACCGGCCACCGUCGACUCCAUGGAUUGCCAAGCCAAGACCACCACCUCUACCAAGCAACACGAAACCGUUUCCAGCCCCUCCACUGACCCAACAACCACCGCAGCCAACAACGACCCGUCACCUUCCCGCCGUGGCCGUGGUCGUCCCAGGAAAAUAAGAAAGCACCACCAUUCGGAGAGCUCGGAGCCUGGAACCACUGUAUUAUCAUCCCCUGAACGCAGAACUCGCCACCAAGUUGAACAGAACGGUGACUGCAACGGCGUCCUAGCGGGGGAGCCAUCGCCGAAAACAUUGUCCUUGGCCCCUCGUUGGGAUAGCGUUGUUAAGGUUGUGCCCGCAAUGGACGCCGUGGUGAAGGUGUUCUGCGUGCACACAGAGCCCAACUUCUCGCUGCCGUGGCAGAGGAAGAGGCAGUACAGCUCCAGCAGCAGUGGGUUUAUUGUCAAGGGGAGGAGGGUCCUCACGAAUGCUCAUUCUGUGGAACACCACACCCAAGUCAAGGUCAAGAAGCGCGGGUCUGAUACUAAAUACCUGGCCACGGUCUUGGCUAUUGGGACUGAAUGUGAUAUUGCAUGCUACAAUCUGGAAAAUUGGGGAAUAAUUUGGAUCUUUUUUCACUUGAACUGCUUAGUUGUGCUUACCUACUAUCAAGAAGGACUUGACAAUUCUAUCACCCUCAAGUGUUGACUCAUUUUCCUCCUUACAAUUCCAAAUGUUUAAAUCUUUUUCACCACACUAACUUUUGUGAAGAGAUUGCAAAUUAGAAAGAGCCAACAAAAUACCAGGGAUCUUGCUGAAAGCCAGUCUGGCUGAAUUGGUUUGGUCAACCCCAGUUCACAAGUCAAACAGAACGCGCCCUUGCAACGUUCACUUGUGGGUGCGUGUCUGGCGUUCAGUCACCAGACAACAAUGAUCUUCGGUCAGUCAACUUGAAUUUUUGUGGCGGUUACAGACCGGAGGAUGAUGCCAGACAUGAUUGAGCAGAAGUACAGGACCAAGAGAGGCAGCGACUGGGGAACUUGCAUCAGCAAGUGUGGUGGUUUAUUAUGGAGCUUCACUGUGGGCCUUCCAGAGUAGGUCAGUCGAGCCUUUUUGGAGCCGGUGGCGGUGGCCUUUUUGUGAAUGGUGUUGGCGGCUGUUUUAGGGUUUUUUUUUUAAUUUUUUUUUCUUAUGGAUUUUGGGACUAUUUGGGUAUAGGGCUUUGAUAAUCCGGGUGUAGGAUACUUGUAGCUUUUUAAUACCAAUUGAUGUAGGACAACUAGUGUUGAUUUGUCCAAUUAUGGAUUUGAGGAUAAAAAGACUUAGACAUUAGACCUAGGAUUUUUUAGACAUUACACCUAGGAUUUUUUAGACAUCACAUUUAAGAAGUCUUAAGCAUCAUGUAUAAGGAUUUGAUUGCAUCACACAACCAACAAUAUGAGAAAAUCUCAAAAUAUAUUGUUAAAUAUUUGAGUUGUCAAUAAGUGAAAUUAUAGAGCUAUUUAUAGUAAUCUUUUUCUAGCUAGAAUUAAAUUAGAAAAUAGUAAAUUAAUAGAAUUAGGAAUACUAAUUGUAAUAAGAAUUAAAAACUACCUUACUCUUGGGUCACAAUUUACUAUCCUUAGAAGAUAUUGGAGCUAUUGUUGAUAUGUUAA